AUGGCCGGGGCUGGUGUUAGAUACCCCUCAGUGUUUGUGGUGGACAAGGAGACAUUACCACCGUUGCCUCCCAAACCGGGACAUAUGCGAGGCCAGGCCCGAAGGAACCGGCUGAUCCAGAACACACUCUUCCUGAUAGUGUGUAUAAUUCUGUUUGGUUUAGCAGUGGAAGGUUACUUCAUCUACAACCUGUACAGGAAAAACCCUGAGCCUGUAAGUAACAAGACAACCAACAAAAAGUCAAUGCCUAUAGUUCUGCCUUCAAAGCCUACUGCACAUCUGACAGCUGGCAAGGAAAAGGCUAACACAGAUGGAGUAAUGCUGUGGAAUCUGGACCCAGAACCCAUCCUUUAUGAGCUAAAGUAUGAAAAAGGAAAGCUGCUUGUUGAAAAGGAGGGAUACUACUAUGUGUACUCAAAGAUCUGGUUUAAAUCAGAUGGCAUUUUCAUCCAUAUGGUACAGAAAGAAACCCCACGCUACCGAAACAAGCCACUUGACCUCUUGAGUGACCGCAGAUACCAACUGAAGCCAGCCAUAAAAGGCUCCACGAGGAGCAGCUAUCUGGGUGGGGUCUUCUAUUUUUAUAUGAAGGACGCUGUUUUUGUUCACGUAAACAACAGCAGUUUGGUUUGUCUGCACACCCCAGCUGAUAACUUUUUUGGCAUGUUUAUGCUGUAG